ACAGUAAUGUUAAAGGAGAGGGCAAUGGUGUGUAUGUAUGUGUGUGUGUGUGUGUUGUGUGAAGGUAUGUGUGACACAAGUGUCGAUUCAAUAGUGAAUAUUUGCACUCAAUUUAGUCGUCUAUUGAGUCGAGAGUUAACAUAACAAUACAUAACAAUAUUACUAAUUGUGUGCACAUUUGUAUUGCCCAUCAUAAGCACGGGUAUCCUAUCUAUCUCUGUCCCUCUAUUGUCAAAUGUAUUGACAGUUACACCGAUGUUUGUCCACUAAUGACACCUUCAUAGCAGUUAGUGAUGAAUUGAUGCCACGAUUGGCAAACAUGUCAUGUAAUGCAAUGAAUAACAAAUGAUAUAAUGUUUGAUAUGAUUUGUCCAUCACUUUAACAUUCAUUCAAUCGUUUAACACAAUAGUCACCAAAGCUUUCAAUUGUCAACCAAUACAUUGAUUUGUUAGCAAUGGAUCCGCCAAUACUUCAUAUUCCAGUUGAUUCCGUGUCUUUCUUUAUGCAAUCGGGACUCAACAAAGACACCGUCAAAAUGGACAUCAAUGAGUUGACUCUUAAGACUUUGAAGGAAAGCGCUUGUAAUUUCUUCGACAGAAAGUAUCCCGACCAUGGCCUCAAUAGACUAACUGAGCGCUUGAUGUUAUUCAGACACGACUAUAACUCACAGAACAUGCUUUUACCCAUCAAUGCUGCCUCAGAUGUAACGGACGGUGCGCUCAUCGAAAUAAUAGUUUCAGGUAACAGUCCAUCUGAAUCGGUGCAAAUCCGGCCCCAUUACCUGGUAGUGCACUCGUAUAAGUCUCCGACAUUCUGUGAUUUUUGCGGUGAAAUGCUCUUUGGAUUAGUCAGACAGGGACUCAAAUGUGAGGGCUGUGGACUUAAUUAUCAUAAACGCUGUGCCUAUAAAAUUCCCAACAACUGUACGCACGGCCGACGGCGCCGUUCCUCAACUUAUUUAGUGCCAAACAGUCCGACCAGUGAAUCGGCCAUUCAUAGGACAACUAGUAGUGGACCCACACUUAAUGAUGACUUUAUGUUUCUGCAGAUAUCGACGUCUCCGAGUAGAGACCGACGUUACUCAUCUUCGAGUUCAACGACCAGUUCUAUACAAUCAGGAAGACCCGAAUGGGUAGAGAAAGCACUGGCCGGUCGGAUACGAGUACCGCAUACUUUUGUAGUACAUUCAUACAAACUGCCGACAGUAUGCCAACACUGCAAGAAGCUUUUGAAGGGUAUCUUCAGACAGGGUUUGCAAUGCAAAGAUUGUAAAUUCAAUGUUCAUAAAAAAUGCGUUACGAAAAUUCCAAUGGACUGUACCGGAGAAGCUCCCAAUGAAUAUGCAGAGAAUCCCGACGGAGACGAAAGCAUCGAUAAAGACGACGACAAGAAUGAGUCGGAUUUGGAGAGUGAGAGCUAUGACAGCAAAGGCAAUGGCAAUCACGACGAAGAUUUUCAACACAAACUACAGUCCGUCACAGAGACGAGUAGUAAUAAUAUCCCAUUAAUGAGAGUCAUUCAGAGCGUCAAACAUAUCAAAAGAAGAGGAUCUAAGGUCUUAAAGGAGGGUUGGAUCAGUCAUUAUACUAAUAAAGACAAUUCCCGCAAACGGCAUUAUUGGAGACUCGACACGAAAGCAAUAACAAUGUUUCAAAACGAAGGCUCUUCUAAAUACUAUAAAGAGAUUAUUUUGCCGGACAUUAUAUCUAUAACUACCAAUCAAUACAACCCUCAGGCGAGUUACUGCUUUGAAUUGAAGACACCAAAUAUGAUAUACUAUGUCGGAGAUGACAUCGAGAUUGCAAAGACAUGGGAGACAGUGAUCAGACAGGCACUGAUGCCUUUAGCUCCUAACGCUCAAGAUAUUCAAUACGCCACUACUGGCGAUACUAAGAAUCAACAGGACGCUGAUGCAAAUUCUUUAGAUAUUAGUUCACAAUAUCAGAUAUUUCCCGAUUAUAUAUUAGGUUCGGGACAGUUUGGCACUGUUUAUGCCGGCAUACAUAAGACUAGUGGCCGAGAAGUGGCCAUUAAAGUGAUAGACAAACUCAGGUUUCCAACCAAACAAGAGGCACAACUCAAGAAUGAGGUACAGAUCUUGCAAAACAUAGAUUUUCAGGGAGUCGUCAAUUUGGAGCGUAUGUUUGAAACACCGGAACGUAUAUUUGUGGUGAUGGAGAAGCUUAAGGGAGAUAUGUUAGAGAUGAUUCUCAAGAGUACUGAAGGCAAACUAUCGGAACGAGUCACCAAAUUUCUUAUAUGUCAGAUAUUACACGCUCUAAGAUAUCUACACUCGCGAAACAUUUGUCACUGCGAUCUCAAACCGGAAAAUGUUUUGCUUUCAUCCGAUUCUGAUUUUCCACAAGUAAAAUUAUGUGAUUUCGGAUUCGCCCGUAUUAUUGGCGAAAAAUCUUUCCGUCGAAGUGUUGUAGGAACUCCCGCUUAUUUAGCUCCUGAAGUGUUACGUAAUAAAGGAUAUAAUAGAUCUUUAGACAUGUGGUCUGUCGGCGUAAUAAUAUAUGUAAGCCUUAGCGGCACAUUUCCUUUCAAUGAAGAUGAAGACAUAUCGGAUCAAAUAACAAAUGCAGCCUUUAUGUUUCCACCCGAUCCAUGGAAAAGGAUAUCUCCCGACGCUAUAGAUCUCAUCAGUAAUUUAUUACAAGUGAAGACACGAAAGAGAUAUACAGUCGAGAAGUCAUUGUUUCAUUCGUGGCUUCAGGAUUACGAUGUUUGGUGUGAUUUGCGAGAAUUAGAGAUAAUGGUCGGAACUCGUUGGGUGACUCACGAGUCUGAUGAUGAUCGUUGGGAACGGUAUCGUAUUGCCAAUAAUAUAUCGCCGCCUAAGUUCGACACUGUUGUUACUAACGAUGUCUCAAUGGACGAGAAUAACGAAAACAACGACUCAAACGCUAAUUAUCACAAUCAUAACCAUCACAACGGUUCCAGUACUAGCACUGGCAACUUAAGCCCUUUCAAAAAUAUACGCCUUUAAAACACAAAGCAACGUUUUAUUUAGUUAUGAAGUUUAUCAUAAAAUUCAUAUUUAGAUUUAUUAGCAUUUAAUUUCAUUUAACUUAUGACUUAAAGAAUCGUUUUAUUAAUUCUUUACAAGUUUUUUUUAAUCAAUUGACCCAAUUUAUCAAUGAUUACUACAUUACAAUAUAUCAAUCAAUUGACCAGAUUUUUACUUUAUACUGAAUAUAUAUCAAAUUUGGUAAUUACCGUAAUUUAGAGCAAAACUUAGGACAAAAAACGCCAGAUUUUUUGAAAAUCUUUUUAUUAAACAUUUGGCACAAUAACUAAUGUAUAGUUUUUCAAUCAUGUAUUCAAUACGUGACAAUUUCUGUGAUUUUGAUAUAAAUGUCUGUUUUAAUAUACAAUUAUUUAAUUAAUAAUUCGGC